UUGUUCUCAGGGACCCGAUUCAGCCGGACACAGAGCUGCGCUGAUGAUCGCAUCAUGAUUGGCCAGCGAGCCGGAUGUUGGUCCGUCGCCAGGGAGGUCCCCCACUGUGGAGAGGAACAAUCCUGUUUGUCUGGAAUUUAGUCUGAAGAUGGCAUCACGAGGGAAGAGUGAGACGAGUAAACUGAAACGGAACUUAGAAGAGCAGAUGGACAGACUGAUGCAACAGUUGCAAGAUCUUGAGACAUGCAGGGAGGACCUUGAGCCAGAAGAAUAUGAAGAAACAAAACAGGAGACUUUGGAACAGCUGAGUGAAUUCAAUGAGUCACUGAAGAAAAUCAUGUCUGGAGAUAUGACGUUAGUUGAUGAACUCAGCGGGAUGCAGCUCGCGAUCCAAGCAGCCAUUAGCCAGGCCUUUAAAACUCCAGAGGUUAUCCAAAUGUUUGCGAAGAAGCAGCCUGGACAGCUGCGGACUAGGCUGGCCGAGAUAGACAGAGAUGUAAUAGUCGGAAAACUGCCGAGAGAUGUCUACACCCAGCAGAAAGUUGAGGUGCUCACAGCGCUGAGGAAGCUGGAAGAGAAGCUCACACCUGAAGAAGAAGUUUUUCUCUCAGUAAACGUCAGUGCUGCACUCAGUCAGUUUGAGAAAGUUUCCGGAGGCCUUGUCUGCAGGUUCAGGACCCACCCCAGGGACUCAUGCACAGGAAUCAAAGCUGACACUCCCCUGCAGUCCAGGGGGAGUGCUGCACUGCCAGAGGUUCUGUUCUUCAGGUGAGACGUUAAAGCCAAGGCCCUCUCUGCCUUUUCAGUUGGGCAUAAAUGAAUCCAUGACACUAUUCGGAAGAGGAGCAAGGAAAUUACCCCUGGUAGAAGGACAUUCUCCAGCACUUUCUGUGUCUAUUACAGAUGUCCAACUGUAGCAAUUUGCUUUGUCAAAGUUAUCUCUGGUCAAUAUCCCUCUCUUCAAUCAACAUCAAAAAUAUCAGCUUGUCUGGUCAUAAUUGCACUGGUGCUUGUGAGGGCUGGCUGUGUGCAGAUCAACAGCCCUUCAGGGAUUCGUCGGUGACUGUAAAGUGUUUUGAGACGAGCAGCGGUUGUGAAAGUCGCUAGAAAAAUGCAAGCCUUGUUUUUCUCCCUUUACUGUUAGAGAGCUUUUUGAAG